AUGUCAGAAAACAGUUUUGGAGCGUCAGAUUUACUUAUGGACAAAGACCCGUGGGCAUUGCCUGCCACACACGGCAUACAGAAUCUUCAGUCCUCUAUUUUGGAGGAUAAUAACUGGAGCUCUUACAACUCCAACGACAUCCUUGCCAAUAACUUCGCUGCGAUGAAUAUUGAUCGUGGCCAAGCAAAUGGCAGUGAGCUGUCUCACGACCACCCUGUGGCUUCAUCAGAUCCAUUGGCUAAUUCAGAGUCAUCGGACAUGGAAAACCAGGAGGAAGUGGACUUGAAACAAGACUCUGUUUGGUCGGAUGAGCUAGUUGCAUCAUUCAAUCCCCUGGGAUAUCAUAACACAGAAGAAAAAACCAUAAUCAGAGUCAAAGAAAUUCCUGAAAAGGAGGGCCUCGUCUUCAAGCACAUCAAUUACCUCAUUAGCCAUAACCUUCGUUUUCCUCCCGAGUUUUAUCAAAAUGACAAGCCGGCCGGAUCAGAAACAAAAAUUAUCAGAAGAUACAGUGAUUUUGCCUGGCUUCUAGAAGUGUUGUGGCGCAAGUACCCUUACAGACUGAUCCCAGAGUUGCCACCCAAAAAAUUGUGUAAGUAUUUUGCAACCUGCUUUCCCUGCUGGACAAUACUAACGAUACGAUCUAGUAGCAUCUUCCACUGA